AUGAGAUUCGCAUCGCUCCUUGUUACUGCAUCGUUCGUGUAUGGCUCGGUCGCUAUGCCAGUAUUGACCGAAGUCGCUGUGGAAAGCAACUCCUUCGGCUCUACAGGCGCGGCUGUCAAUGCUGCUGACAAUAUCGUCCCACACACGAUUGUUGAAUCAUCCCAGAUGUCCUCCGCCAAAAUGGUGGCGUAUUCACCUCCGUCAUCAUCUGUACUGUAUGCAAAGUCCGGCAGUGAGGUCAUGGACCAAUCUACUCUCACUUCUGACUUCCCGAGUGUAUCAGCUCAAGCAUCUCAGAUUGUGGUAUAUCCCACGGCGCUUGCCAUCAGCUCUACACCUAUCCCCUCCAAUGCGGUGGUGCUGCCUUCCUGGACGAACGGUGCUAUGAGAAGAGUUCAAGGGCAUUCUCGUGGCAUCUUGGCCUUGGCGUUCAUAUGCGCUAUUCUUCAAGUUCUGUGA